GGAAAGAGGCAAAACAAUCUUUUAUCCUCCUGACCGGGCGGCUUUUUGGAUAUCCUGGGUAGUGGUGGUGGAGGCGGCGGUAGCAAACUUUACAUGUAGACUAGAUAGAAGUACAUACACGGACAAUACUUACCAACUCACGACAAUCCUGAUAAAUGUAUCUAAUUCCAGCAAUUUGCACUAAAAUCUAUAGAAAGCUGGUUUUCUUUCUUUAGUCUCCACUCACCCUGUCUAAACAUGGAUUCCAGAUAUAUUUUGGACAAGUCUUCGGUUGGGUCAAGGGGUGGUGGUGCGGAUUUCAACUGCCGAGCAGGCCGCUCCGUGCUCCGCGACAGCAGGGUCCCCACGGCGGAUAAAAGUGGUCCCAUGCCGGCGUACACAAACGGCUCCGUCCUUUACAAAUUUGUAAUGGACGGCGGUUUGGCAGCGGAGGUAAAAAGCGAGAAAAGCUUUCCAAAAGGGAACGGGCUGACUUCGGGCGGUCGAAUAUUGCACGACAUGGAAAAAACUGGCCUGGGGGACCAAAAAGAUGCCGGUUCCAAUGGGGUCCUAAAAAAGGCAAGCCCCGCUCACUGCCCGGGUAUAAACGGGCAGAUGCCAGGCAGCCUCAUGCACUUGGACAUCAGGAACCCAGGGAAACAGGCAGAGCUGGCCAACAACUUCAGGGCAGCACAAGGGCAGAACGUACCACCAACCGAGAGACAGCCUCACCCCUCCUCCCACAUCCCAGUCCCUAGAAACAGGAAGCCCUCAGGCCAUGCCGAUAAGGAGGUGAUGGCUGCCACCGUCCUGACCUCUCUUUCCACAUCCCCGAUGGUGCUCCACCCUUCCUCUGCACCCACAGUUCCAGAGCCAGCCAGCAGGGGUUGGAAAGAGGUGCUGUCAGCCAGCUAUAGCAGUUCAACCAGUGGCAACUGGAGCUGGGAUGCCAGCGACCAAUCAGUGCCCUCAACACCGUCCCCACCUCUCUCCAAUGAAAACAACAAGAACUUCCUGCUCUCAUCCCAGGCUGAUGACAUCUGUGAGGAUGUCACAGAGAGCACGCACUUCAUGUUUGAGGACCCCAUACCUCGGAAGCGAAAGAACUCCAUGAAGGUGAUGUUCAAGUGCUUGUGGAAGAACUGUGAAAAGGUCCUCAGCACCUCCUCAGGGAUCCAGCGACACAUCCGCACCGUUCACCUGGGGCGGAACAGCGAUUCAGACUACAGCGACGGAGAGGAGGACUUUUACUACUCAGAGAUCGAGGUCAACAUGGACAGCCUGACGGAGGGCAUGUCCAACCUCACGCCCACCUCCCCCACCACGGCCGCUCCUCCACCUGUCUUCCCGCCGCCACUCACUGAUGUCCCUCACUCCGAACAUAUCAACAUGAAUGGGUCUCAGAGCCACGCCCCUACACUGCUCAGCCAAUCAGCUCCAUCCACGCUCUGCCACAUCCGCACCGACCACGCCUACCAGGGACCUGUGAAUCACGUCCGCACAGCUAGCACUGGUGAAAAGCGGCAGCCUGCAUCCAGCACGCACACGGCUGUUAACAAGACCCACGCUUUAGUAACACCAGCAUCCAAAUCAACACCGGGAACCAGGAAACCCCGUGGGGAGGCAAAGAAGUGCCGAAAGGUGUACGGCAUGGAGAAGAAAGACAUGUGGUGCACAGCCUGUCGCUGGAAAAAAGCUUGUCAGAGAUUCACCGACUAAUCCAGCUCCCCCUCCCGUUUUUCUGAGAUGAGCUCCUCCUAGUCCCAAACUACAGCAAGGUGGACUGUUCCACUGAGGGGAUGAGGGGAACUUUCCCUGAUGGAGCUCUCCAUGCUGCUUCCUUCAGCCCAGCAGGGGGUUCAUCUUCUCUCUUUUCCGUUUCCAAACACAAUGAGAAAAUAAAACUGGUGGGUCAAACAAUAAAAAAAAUCAGCAAGAAAAAAAUAAUUUUAUGCAGGUUUGGAGACUUUUUCUAAGACUGAGACAUUUUUACUCUGUUGAUGAAUAAGGAAAAAAAAAACAUGUAAGUUGGAUUCUAAAUGAAGCUUCUGAUUUGAUAUUUGUUUUUCACUUGCCAUUUUUCACAGCUUCACAUCAAGGCAAGUUUCAAAGACUACAGAUAAGCUUUUUGGCAUACUUCGCUGUUCACCAUAGGAGCAUCAUGUAAGCUAAUGUUUUGGGGUGGAUCAUGACUCUUUUUGGAUGUUCAGGCGUUAACGCCAGAUUUGUUUGAUAAGACCUUUGUAGCAUAUCCGUUUUUCAUUGUCACUGUUAAGGGACAGCUAACCUACCAAAGGCGGAAAGCCUGUUCAGUUUCAACCAACAUUUAGGAGUGAGCUCUAACAUCACUGUCCUCGUCAGCCUUACUGGAUUUCAACUAUAUGUCUGAGUAUGUGUUGAUCAUUAUCCACUGUUCAUUCAGCAAACUGAUACAACCAGUUGGUCAUAUUGUAACUUUACAAAGUUGAACAAGCCCUUGCAUCACGUGGUACACAGUUUCCCCAUGACUUUACAAAAUAUUUUCAAGAGAUGUAAACAAUAUAUGAAAUAUUAUCCCUCACUUGCUUCCUAUACUUGUACCCUAGAUGUAUGCACCUUGAAGAAAUAAGUUGUCUUUUAGAAGUAUCACUGUAACCACAUCGUAUGCCUGAGGGAGUGGAUAUGUAUUUCAUAUAUAGAGUUUAUUUUUAGCAAUUACUUGCUGAUACAGGUGCACUGUGCAAUCAGCAGAAUGACAGCACUUAAUGUCUUCUGUUAUUGUUAUUAAGAUGAGAUCAGGCAAAGCUGGCUUUUCUUCUUUAACGAUUUGUGAUAAUAAUAGAGUAUUGAAUUUCUAUAGCGCUUUACAUUUUUGAUCCAUUCAUUCUCACAUUCUGGUGGUGGUAAGCUACAUUUGUAGCUACAGCUGCCCUGGGGCAGGCUGAUGUGGCUGCCAAUCCAAACAGCCCCUCCACUCAUUCAUACACCAGUGUGAGUGACACUGGAGUCUAGGUGGACAGAGCGGGAUUCGAACUGCCAACCCUUUGGUUAUUGGACAACCUGUUCUACCUCCUGAGCCACAGCCGCCCCAUUUUAAGAGAGACUGUUUACCCCAGCGAAAGAGAUCUGCCCUUAGAAACUUUUACUUACAGUCUGACUGAUGUUAAUUGUGUAUGUUGUUAAUUUACAUAAAGAAAGUAACCCAACAACCACUACCUGACGAUUAGUCAGGCACUGUAGUUCAUCUCUUACAGUCUGAUAUGGAGAUGUUACGUCAUCUUUGGAACUACCCGUAACCAGCAGUUCAUCCCUUAAUUAGAAGUUGCAUUUCACUUGUAUUGUUGUAACAUGAAAAUCAAAUCAAGUCAGUGCAAAGCAGGUAUGUAGGUGAUUGAUUUGAAUAAUGAUGAUCCAUACAAAAAAUAUUUAAGUGUAGUCAGAGUAAAGAAAUGUUUACUAUAGUUGAGUUUUACUGUUAAAAUCUGGUAAAAUAAAAAUGUCAGUCACCUUUCUCCAGCUGCAGCUAAAAUAUAAGGGAGAAUUAAAUCCUUUUUGAUGAAUCCCCUUUGCCAGUGUGGUUAAAAAAUAUUUGUGUCGGCAAACUAUUAGUCCUCAUCCAUGCCUGACAUGUUUGUUUUUUUUAAUUAUCCAAGAUUUUGAAACAUCAGAAAAGAAGCAAUGAUAAGAUACCAAACAUUGCAUAAAUUUUUUUCUUGACCUGAUUUUUUAAAAUAUGGUCUGGAACAAAACCUGUUGCAACAGGUGCAUUAAAAUUAGCUAAGAUUUUA